CUCACAGCCUCACCAGAGUCCAGGGUUCCGUAGGUUGUACCUGUGAGGAAGGAUACUAUAGGAGAGACAGUGACCCGCCCAACAUGGCCUGUACACGGCCGCCUUCUGCUCCUCGUAAUGCCAUUUCCAAUGUAAACGAGACGUCGGUCUUCCUGGAAUGGGCGGUUCCCGAGGAGACUGGCGGCAGGAAGGACGUCAGCUAUAACAUCCUGUGUCGUAAGAUCAGCGUUGACAGCAGACACUAUGAGGAGUGUGAGAGCACGGUGCGGUUCCUGCCCCAACGCAACAGUCUCAGGAACAACUCUGUGAUGGUGGCAGACCUUCUGGCUCACACUAACUACACGUUCGAGGUGGAGGCUGUCAAUGGAGUGUCUGAGCUCACUAACCCCGGACGACAGUUUGUCUCUCUCAACGUCACCACCAACCAGGCAGCCCCGUCUCCUGUGAGUGUGGUGCGGAAAGGGAAUUGUGGGAAGAACAGUAUCUCUGUGUCGUGGCAGGAGCCAGACAGACCCAAUGGGAUAAUCCUGGAGUACGAGAUCAAAUACUUUGAGAAGGACCAGGAAACCAGCUACACCAUCAUCAAGUGCAAGGAAACAGAAAUCGUAGCUGACGGGCUGAAGCCAUCAUCAGUCUACAUAUUCCAGAUCAGAGCCAGAACAUCGGCCGGGUACGGAGGAUUCAGCCGACGCUUCGAGUUUGAGACCAGCCCUUACUCAGUAGCUGCAUCCAGUGACCGGUCUCAGUUCCCCAUCGUCGUUGUGGCCAUCACUGUAGGGGUUAUUCUACUGGCCCUGGUGACUGGCUUACUGCUUAGUGGAAGGCGGUGUGGCUACAGCAAGGCCAAGCAGGAACCUGAUGAAGAGAAGAUACACUUCCACAACGGCCACAUUAUGUACCCCGGGGUGUGUACGUAUAUAGACCCCCACACCUACGAGGACCCCAACCAGGCCGUCCAUGAGUUCGCCAAGGAGAUCGAUGUUUCCUGCAUCACCAUUGAGAGAGUCAUUGGAGCUGGGGAGUUCGGGGAGGUGUGCAGCGGACCCCUCCGUCUGCCUGGUAAGAAGGAGUUCCCAGUAGCCAUUAAGACCCUGAAGGCAGGUUACACAGAACGACAAAGGCGGGACUUCCUAGGGGAGGCGUCCAUCAUGGGACAGUUUGAUCAUCCAAACAUCAUCCACCUGGAAGGCGUGGUCACCAAGACAAAACCUGUGAUGAUCAUCACGGAGUACAUGGAGAAUGGAUCACUUGACACCUUCCUCAAGAAGAACGAUGGCCAGUUCACAGUGAUCCAGCUGGUUGGGAUGCUGCGUGGUAUGGCGUCAGGCAUGCGCUACCUGUGUGACAUUGGAUACGUGCACCGGGACCUGGCGGCGCGUAACAUCCUAGUCAACAGCAACCUGGUGUGUAAGGUGUCUGACUUUGGCCUGUCCAGAGUCCUGGAGGAUGAUGCCGAGGCUGCAUAUACGACCAGAGGCGGUAAAAUCCCUAUCCGCUGGACAGCUCCAGAAGCGAUAGCGUUCAGGAAGUUCACCUCCGCCUCUGACGUGUGGAGCUACGGCAUCGCCAUGUGGGAAGUGAUGUCAUACGGAGAGAGACCCUACUGGGAGAUGAGUAACCAGGAUGUUAUUAAGGCAGUUGAGGAGAGCUACCGUCUUCCUGGCCCUAUGGACUGUCCUGUAGUUCUGUACCACCUGAUGAUGGCCUGCUGGCAGAAGGAAAGGAACAGCAGACCCAAGUUUGAGGAGAUCGUCUGUCUGCUAGACAAACUGAUACGCAACCCCAGCAGUCUCAAAGCCCUGGUCAACUCAUCACACAGGGUGUCUAAUCUCGUGGAGCCUGGCAGUGUGGACUCGGAGGGCAGCGUGUCUGCGUCAGUAGCCCUGAUGGAGACCAGUGGGUACCAGUCUAUAGAGGAGUGGCUGAAGGGUAUUAAGAUGGGUCGCUACGUAGAGCUUUUCGUGGACAGUGGAUACACCUCAGUGGAAGUGGUCUCCCACAUGACCCUGGAUGACCUGAGGAGGGUUGGAGUGAACCUGGCUGGACAUCAGAAGAAGAUAAUCAACAGCAUCCAGGAGAUGAGAGUUAGCCUGGUGAAUAAUACUAUACCCAUCUGACCUCUAACCCCUUACCCUACAGCCAGAUGUACAGUAUGGGCACUGCAGUACCAAUCUGACCUUUGAACCUAGGGUCAGCCAUGAUGAACUUUACAGGACCAAUCUGACCACUGAUAGAGGCCAGAUGUAUGAACUUUACAGGACCAAUCUGACCCUACUCCCAACAGACAGACAGAUAGACAUAUGGAUCGAGUGGCCUAGAACUUUCCAUGAACACAAUGUAUUUAUUGACGGAAACAAACUGAAACACAACGGGAUGUGACUUGAUGAACUGAGGAACACUGAAGAGCGCUUGGUGUUGAACAGUUGUGUCUUUGGGACCUGAACCCCUCUACUGGGUGGAGUGAGAGGAGCAGACUCUGUGUAGUUAAGUACUCUCAGGGAUGGAAGUCACUGGCAAGUAAACAGUGAAUUAUACAAGCCCGGGUCAAAUUCUGUUCCAAAAUCUGUGCCAUGAAAUGUUUUAAAAGACCAUCUUGUUUGGCCCAUUUUCUCCUAGUCCAGUCUGAAGAGCGCUAGCUGAGUACUCUUCCUGGAUGGGACUCAGACAUGGGAGUCAGUCUCUUGGCUGACUGUUUGGCCCUUCAGAAACCCCGGCAGCUACACACAGUCUAUUACCUCUAGACAGCCAGCCUACAUUACUUCAACAUCAUCAACAGUAAUACAGAGGAUAACUUUCAGCACUUUUACGGAACCCACAGAUAUCCUACGGAACCCAUAAACAUCCUACGGAACCCAUUUACAUCUUACAGAACCCACAGAUGUCCUACAGAACCCACAGAUGUCCUACAGAACCCACAGAUGUCCUACAGAACCCACAGAUAUCCUACAGAACCCACAGAUAUCCUACUGAACCCACAGAUAUCCUACUGAACCCACAGAUAUCCUACAGAACCCACAGAUAUCCUACUGAACCCACAGAUAUCCUACUGAACCCACAGAUGUCCUACAGAACCCACAGAUGUCCUACAGAACCCACAGAUGUCCUACUGAACCCACAGAUGUCCUACAGAACCCACAGAUAUCCUACAGAACCCACAGAUAUCCUACAGAACCCACAGAUGUCCUACAGAACCCACAGAUGUCCUACAGAACCCACAGAUAUCCUACUGACAUCCUGCAGUAUCUACAAACAUCCUUAAGAACUUUCAGACAAACUACGGAACCAGUCGCACUCCAACAGAAAAACGACUGUUUCAACGUAAUCAGACAGAAUUGUACAGAACUUCCAGGGUUCCAUAGCUCCACAUGCAUCCGAUGGAGAGACUGCAACAUGUUCUAUUCAUCAGAACCUUCAGACAACCAACAGAACCUCCAGGAAUCUACCAGAACAUCCAUACUUCCAACAGAAUCUUUAAAAUGGAACUCUCAGCAAUCCAUACGAAUCUCCAGAACUGUCAUUCAACAGAACAUACCAAUAGAACCAAUCCAGCAGAUUCUACAACAUCUAACAGCACAUUCUAUUGAUUCGCUAGUUGGUUAUCUAUGAGACUCUCCUCUGCACAUCCAGCUUCACCACACCCCUCUGUGUAUCCACUACCAUACAGAGAUCGGACUGUGUUUAUGCAGUAAGACUGGUUUCAUACGAAUAUGUGUUAUUUUGGUGGAGAACUCCUGAGUAUAAAGAAGCAAUAUAGACUUUUAGCUUGGUAUUAGUCAUUUAUUUGUCAAUGUUAUUCUAUACAAGCAUUUGUAUGUGCGUAGUAUUUCUUCAUGACUACACAACCCUGGCCAUGACCCCACUCUCUGAUGGUGUCUCAGGGGGAGUGGGAUAUGCAAAAACACAUUUCCAAUUCACACGUGUAUAAUACACACGGGUACAUGUGUGAAAUAGGACAAAUGUAAUGACCCACCGAAUUCUUCUUCUUCAUGUCGUAGGAGGUCAUUAUUAUAAAGUCUCCGGCCAAUCAAAUCCACAACCGUCAGUCCGUGGAACAUUUCUUGACUUUAACAUGUAUAUACUGGAUUGUAAAACCAGGGAGCUUUGUUUCCUCUCCUUCUUCUUUACGCUGGAGAACAUUACAUACUGGGGCUGGGUUAAUGUGGAGAAUAUGUACACUCUUAGAAAAAAGGGUUCUUUGGCUGUCCCCAUAAGAGAACCCUUUGAAAACCCCUUUUGGGUUCCAUGUAGAACCCUGUGUGUAAAGGGAACCAUAUAGUGGUUUUCCUAUAAGGACAGCUGAAGAACCAUUCUAUGUUCUCGAUAGCACCUUCUGUUAAGAGUGUAGAGUAUGAUUUAAUAGAUGCUUCACUUCUCAGUGCUUUAUUGGUUGAACUUGAGCAUUUUACAGUCAUGUGCACAUAACUUCUGCUUAAUGAUCAAUGAUUACUCUAUCUGCGUUCAUUAUGGGAUGUAUUUUCAUUUGUAUUUAUUUAACUUGGCAAGUCAGUUAACAACAUUUUCUUAUUUACAAUGACGGCCUAGGAACAGUGGGUUAACUGCCUUGUUUAGGGGUAGAUCGACAGAUUUUUACCUUGUGAGCUCGGGUGAAUCAAUCUUGCAACCUUUCAGUUACUGGCCCAACACUCUAACCACUAGGCUACCUGUCGCCCCCCCCGGCUACCGUUCGCCCCCGGCUACCGGUCGCCCCCCCGGCUACCUGUCGCCCCCGGCUACCUGUCGCCCCCGGCUGCCUGUCGCCCCCCCGGCUACCUGGGUAUCAACCAACAUAGCACCUUGGUAUUAACCAACAUAACACCUUGGUAUCAGCCAACAUAACAGCUUGGUAUCAACCAACAUAGCAGCUUGGUAUUAACCAACAAAGCACCUUGGUAUCAACCAACAUAACAGCUUGGUAUCAACCAAUAUAGCAACUUGGUAUCAACCAACAUAACACCUUGGUAUCAACCAACAUAGCACCUUGGUAUCAGCCAACAUAACACCUUGGUAUCAACCAACAUAGCACCUUGGUAUCAGCCAACAUAACACCUUGGUAUCAACCAACAUAACAGCUUGGUAUCAAAAAAUAACUAGUUUGUCCUGAAACUAAUUUAAGUUGCACUUUGAAGGAAACAACAUAUUAAUAUUUUAUGUGAUUGAAUAAAUGUACAAAACACACCUGUUUGUCAACUAUUUGUUGGGUGAUUGCCACGUGGUGUUAAGAUUUCAAUAUUUAGCCGAUAUUCGCUAUAACUUUUCCAUAAGAUGUCCUUAAAGUCAAUUAUUACCACGGAGUCUCCUAUUGGCAUUCAACAAAAGUCUUGAUUGACCUGAAUGUGUUUUAGGUCUUAAAUGGAAAAACAAGCACCAUGCUAAAUGUUAUGUUGAUUCUGUGUGGAUAUUAUAAAGCAUGUUUUUGUUCUACAUUUGCAAGAAAAAUCUGUCCCCUCACUGAGGGUAGUCUACGUUAUGGUCAUCUUUCAGGAAACACAAAGGCUCUAUUUUAGUGCCUGACUUCACAAAGCACAAGUCUUUCAGAUGGAAUCAUAGAAAAAUGUAUUUUCCAGAGUAUAUGAUAUGGAUUCCUGUACGGUAGCCUAAGGCUAAUAAUACAGACUAAUCAACUGACAUGAUCAACAUGUGAAAACUCUGUGUUGAUCUGCUGGUUUUGUGUUGUUAAUUGAUUAUGUCUGACGGCAUAAGACCAUAGCAGUUAGUUGUAGUUGAAGUUACCUGGAAUAGCCUGGAGAAACGACGUCCUUCAUUUACGCACUUUUAAACACUGUGCUUCCUUCAGAGUUACAGAUGUAUAUUCAGUGCAUAUCAUUUUCAAACCACUGACACACAUACAGUGUAUAGCCUGAGUGCCAGUUUGUUUGUGCUAUCAUGCCAACUCCUUGUCACUCGUUGUUUGUCUGACAUUGACAGCAAGGACACAAACAGAUCUGAGACCAGGCUAACACAUACAAAGCAUUACAGAUUUACAGAGUCCAUUCUACCCAACAGCUCAAACAGCAGACUAGUGAAAUAUUGACCAACAAGAAUUCACUUUAAUUACUGUAUCACUGCUCACACCGUACUUAUAUAGCAACUAGGCUGUAUCUGUUGUACAAAUAUAGAUAUUUUAGCUAUCUUGUAUUCUUUGUCCAUCAGUAGAUGACAGUGAUAUUUAUUUAUAUAAAAUUACAUGAAUCUACAGCCCAAGCUGCUGAGUAGUGACACAGUAUCUGUUUGGUUUUACAAGUGUUUCAAAUUGUGUUCCGCAUUAAUGAAUUACAGUGUUUCAAUUCAUUAAAUAAUUCACCCAUUCAUGAGGUGUUAAUUGAUCAAUUAAGUAAAACAAUGAAAACGCAUUUAAAAAGCUGUUUACUAUUUGUUUGUCUUCUUCCUGAAACAGUAUGUUGUUGUUGUUGUUGUUGUUGUUGGUAAAUGUUUUUGUAGUGUAAUAUAUAAAAUGUUAUAUUUUUGCAAUAAAAUGAAAACAUCAAGUCUUCCUGGGCUACUUAAUGUUAA